AAAGACAAAGACUGUGUGGCUCUGGAGGUGCGGUACCACAAAAGCUGUUACAGUCAGUACACCAAGUUUUUGCUGAGACCUGACAAACCAGAGACAGAACAGGAUGAGCCAAUGUUUGAUGCCAGUUACAAGCUGUUCUGUGAGAGGAUCAUCCGCCAGAGGCUGCUUGUCAACAAUGAGGUGCUUAGAAUGGGCCAGCUGAGGAAGGCCUUCAUUGACAUGGUGAAAGCAAACAAAGGUGUUGAUGCUUCAAACUACAGACAGGAUCUGUUGAAGAAGAGGCUGGCUCAAGAUUUCCCUCAGCUAGCGUUUCACAUGCCCACCAAGCGCAACGUCUGCGAACUGGUUUUUGCUGAGACUCUGUCAAAGGAUGCACUCGUGGACAUGCUACCAGAUCCAUCUGCUAAACACAGUAAGCCAUUCUCAGAGGGGGAGUUUGUCAAAGAGUGCUUAGUGGACUCUGCAGCACUAAUAUGCCCUGAAAAAAAAGAAGCCUUUGAGCAAGUCCCGCUGUCCAGGCGAACCGUGACGAGAAGGAUCGAGGACAUUGCGGGGAAUCUGGAGCUUCAGCUGCAACAUGAAGUGGCAAGUUUUGACUUUAUCUCCUUGGCUUUGGACGAGAGCUGUGAUGUCCACGACACAGCGCAGUUACGCGUAUUUGGCCGUGGGAUAACGCCGGACUUCAAGAUUACGGAGGAGCUGGCAGCAAUGCGGCCGAUGAAAGGGACGACAACAGGGAGCGAUCUGUUCACGGAGGUAAAUGCGUGCAUGGACACGCUGGGACUGAAAUGGGACAGACUGGCAGGUGUCACAACAGACGGUUGUCCAAAUCUUACAGGUAAAAAUGUUGGACUUUUGAAACGUAUGCAAGAUAAUGACGCAGAUCAGAAAUUGGUAUUUUUGCAUUGUAUUAUACAUCAACAUGUGUUGUGCAAGUCAGUGCUAAAAAUUCACCAUGUUAUUGAUGUUGUUACUAAAAUAGUAAACUUCAUCAGGGCACGGGCAUUGAAUCACAGACAGUUUGUUGCACUUUUGGAGGAGCAUGAAACUGAGCAUAGUGACAUCGGCUACCACACAGCUGUCAGAUGGCUCAGCCUGGGCAAAGUGCUAAAAAGAGUUUGGGACCUAAAAGCAGAGAUUCAAGAGUUUUGUGAGAAGAAAGGCAAAGACAUCCCAGAGCUCUCAGAUGAGGACUGGAUGGCAGAUUUUGCAUUUGCUGUUGAUGUGACUGCACUGAUGAAUGAACUGAACACCAAACUGCAAGGCAAAUGCCUUUUUGUUCAUGAAAUGCACAGCCUGGUGAAGGCUUUCAUGACAAAGAUGCAGUUUCUUUCAAGCCAACUGGAGAGCAACACUCUCACUCACAUGCAAACCCUGAAAGAAGUCACACCAUCAGCUGAUUACCUCCGCAGUGUGGAUAAUGCACCCAGUGAUGUUCAUCUGGAACUCAUUGACCUGCAGUCUGAUGCAGUACUGACAUUCAACCUGACUUCGAUGCACUCGUUAAAGCCCAGCAGAGACUAG